AUGAAAUUAGUAUUAAUAUUUUUAAUUAUUAAUUUUUUAUUGAUUAUAAAUUGUGAAAAUUUAAUAAAAGUUUUAGAUGUUAGAUUAGCUCAAACUCAUAUAAUUCCAAUUGAAGGCAAAACAUGGAAUCUUAAAAAUAAAACUCAACAUAUGUCGAUAAUAGGGAAUAGAAGAGCAUUAUUAUUGGCAAGUUUUGAAGAUUUAAAUAAAAGUUAUUAUGUUUCAAUUUGGUUGGAUAAUAAAAUAAUUGGUUCACUUGAAUUAAAAGAUCCAAGUCAAUUACCACAAACUGAAGACAAUGGAGAAAGGUAUUCAACAAAACAUCAUUCAGUAUUACUACCAAAGGAAUGGAUUAGACCAAACAUGAAAAUUAAAUUUACUUUAACCGAAAGUAAAGAUAAUAGUUCAUUAAAUAUUGAUAGUUCAAAUUUCUUUUAUCCAGAUGUUAGUCAAGACUAUACAUUGAAAAUGUGGACAUUACCAUUUUAUUUAUUUGGUGCAAAUGAUACAAACACGCAACCAUUCUCCGUUACAAAUGGAAUUGGUUCUGAAAUUACAAAGGAACUAAUGGAAAGAUGGUCAUGUUCUGAUAUUAUUGCUGUAAAUCAUCCAAUACAAAGAAUUGAUUGGCCAUAUCUUGUAAUGGAACCAAGAAAUGGUAAUCCAGCAAUGUUAAUUACAAACUCUGAUCAAAAGAAAGAUGGCUACGCAAUUAUGAAUGGAGUUUUGAAUAUUUUAACAGAAAUUAGAGAAGCUUUUGGUGAAUCAACAUCAUCAAUUCAAAUUUAUUCUCCCCUUUUACAUUUGGGUGCUAAUGGUAAGUAUACUAAUCCUGGUGGAGGUUUAGGAGGAGGUUCCAGGGGAACUGGUGAUCAUAAAUACACAUUUACCUUUUUCCAUGAACAAGGCCAUGCAAUGGGAUUGCCUCAUGCCGGUGAAGCUUUUGCAGCUGGAUCGUACCCCUAUGUAAAUGGUAGUCUAUUGGGAUCAGAAUGGGGUUAUGAUGCGAACCACAAUGAGCUAUUGGGAACUUUUAUUCCUCCAACAUCUGAUCAAUUUAAAAAUUGUAGAAGAAAUUCUGUUUUUGAUAGUAAAGGUCGUUGUGUUAAACAAAGUGUUAUGCAAGGAGGUGCAGGUGAUUAUUCGUCAAAAUAUAGAUAUAGUAUGUUUGCAGAUUUUGAAAUGACAACAAUUCAAAACUAUUUUAAAAAUUCAAUUUAUUAUGAUCAAACAAAAGGUACAUAUAAAAAAUGGAAUGAUACAUCUAAAUCUUAUUUUGAAUAUAUUCCUUCAACAAAAAACAACGGUUUAUGGGGACUUGAUGAUGGAACACCAAUUGAAAGAGAUAUCGAAGUAUAUACAAUUCUAUUUACAUAUAGUACAGUUGGACCAAAAGAGUUAUCACAAAUCUAUCCAAUAUUAAAAUCGUCAAAAGGUAAUUUAAUGAAAAGAUAUGAUCCAACCAAUAAAAAUGAUAUGAAAUUAAUUACACCAGGUUCAGGUUCAUGGUACUGUUUUGCAAGUGGUUGUGAUUACACAGUAAGAGUUACAUUUGAUGAUGAUUCACUUGAACAUAUACUAUUAAGACAAGGAAAACGUAAAUAUUGGAACCCAAUGGGUGACUUUAAGGAAAAUCUUUACAAUGCAACUAGUUCAAAUAGUUUUAUAUUGAGAGGUAUAAAUGUUAAAGCAACCAAAUCAAUUAAAAAAGUUGAACUUCUUGAAACUUUAAUGGCUUGGAAAGGAAUUUCAAAUGCAACUGUUUUAGUAUCAAAAGAUUUUUAA